AUGAUUAGUUAUAAUAAUGAUAUCACAUCCGUCACAUUGCAUAAGAUUAGUAGUGCAAUGUUGGAGAAGGCAAUCCUAAAGUUUCCAAGUGUAGUAUUACCAUUAGCAGAAAAGUGUGAAAUUAAUCUCGAUAAAAUGUAUGUUGAUCAAGUUCAUCCUUUAUGGACUCAACCUGAAGUAAUUAGUUGGUUUCAAACAGCUGUAACGAAUGUUGUUGUGAAACUUCAAAUACCAACAUAUAAAGGAUGUUUGAGUGAUAAAGAAUUCAGUGAUACAUUUAUUUAUGGUGAUAACGUUAGACAAAAUCAUUUCACCAAUUCAAUACCACUUGAUCUUUGUAGAUACCUCGUAAUUUCAGAUAAUUACCCUAUAUCAAAAUUACAUCGUUGA